GCGGUAUUUUCGAAUGAUCAUAGUGGCUAAGUAUCAACACAGACUCUAGUUUAAUUGAAUAAUCAGCAAUAAUCUAAAGGAUUAUGUUUUCAAGUUAAUUUUCAUAUCGAAGAAGUGAAGUUCAAUAAAAAAUAUGCCUGAUGAAAAGGCCAAAACGAUCCCAGUUCUUGUGGCACUUAGAUGCAGACCGCUUAUUGAAAAGGAAAUUAAAGAAGGGUGCCAACCUUGUCUACAAACUAUUCCUGGAGAGCCACAGGUUCUGUUGGGAAAAGACAGAGCAUUUACUUAUGACUUUGCUUUUGGACCCACUGAUCCUCAAGUAGAAGUAUACUCAAAAGCAUGCAAACGUUUAAUUGCAAGUAUAUUUAAAGGUUACAAUGCCACAAUUCUGGCAUAUGGACAGACGGGAAGUGGGAAAACCUUCACCAUGGGAGGCUGUUAUGAAUCCUCUUUAGAAGGAGAUGAAGAUGAUAUGGGAGUGAUUCCUAGAGUGUUGAGAGACAUCUUUGAACACAUUAAAGAUAAAAACAAUAUAGAGUUUACAGUUAGUGUUUCUUACAUGGAGAUCUACAAUGAAGACCUGAAUGAUUUACUAUGUCCAACUGCUCAAAGAGAACCGUUAACUAUUCGAGAAGAAAGCAAUGGUGGCAUCAAAAUUCAUGGGUUAAGAGAAGUUGAAGUGAGAAGUUUUGAAGAGACAAUGAAGCGUCUUAGUGAAGGGUCACAAAGUCGCACCACAGGAGCCACAGCAAUGAACAACACAUCCAGUCGAUCUCAUGCAAUCUUCACCCUUAACAUAGACCAAAGAAAAAAAGAGGACAUGAAUGACCUUUGCAAGGUUAAGUUUCAUUUGGUUGAUCUUGCUGGCUCUGAAAGAUGUAAAAGAACACAAGCAGAAGGUGAAAGGUUUAAAGAAGGUGUGAAUAUAAAUCGAGGACUGCUUGCCUUGGGUAAUGUAAUCAGUGCCUUGGGUGAGGAGGGUCACAAGAGAAGCCACAUUCCUUACAGAGACUCUAAACUGACUCGUAUUUUACAAGAUUCAUUAGGAGGGAACAGUCACACCCUUAUGAUUGCCUGUGUUAGCCCAGCUGACUCAAAUAUAGAGGAAACGUUAAAUACUUUACGUUAUGCAGAUCGUGCCCGAAAGAUUAAAAACAAACCCAUUAUUAACAGAGAUCCACAAGCCGCAGAAAUAAUGAGGCUAAAAACACUGGUUCAACAGUUGCAAGGUCAGCUAUUGCAAGGCGGACUAAGCCUUUGUACUAUAAAAUCAGACACAAGCACAAGUAUGUGCAGUACAGUUACAACUACCUUAGAUAACAGUGUGGAUGAAAUAAACAAGUUGAAUUCACGCAUCAAAGAUUUAGAAUCUGAAAAUUUCCAACUGACCAGAGAACUCCAACAUUCUGUCCAGCAGAGCACAAAGAUGUUGGAUCAAGUCAUGAAACUUGAGUCUAGCAAUGAGCGACUGAAGCUCAGAAUUAAUCAAGUUAAAGAUUAUGUGGGAAUAGACCUAGAUUUAUUGAGCUCAAGUAUUGAUGUGGAAAACAACCCUCUAGCCAAAGCAGAGCUGGAAAAAUUACAGAAACUCACACAGUCUGUCAAAAAUUAUUCAGAUGAGGCAGAGGUUGAAAUGGAGGAUGAAGAAGAAAAUAAAGAAAAUGAUUCAGCAAGUGAUGAGGAAAAUCAAAGAACUGAAGAGCUCAUGUCCACACCAGACUCUAGGGCCAUAACUCAGAAACAUGCAUUGAGACAAGCAGAACUUCACAGAGAAUUAAAUGAAAUCAAUAGAAUCCUGAUCAAUAAACAAGCCUUGGCAGAAAAAAUGAACAAAGCUGAUGAGCAGAUUGAGGCAAUGCGGCGACAGUAUGAAGAAAUGGUGCAAGAAUGGAAAGCUAAAACAGAGCAGUUAGAAAGAGAAAGAAAUGAGCUGACAAUGACACUUCAUGAUGCUCAAGUGAAUGCUAAUGCCAACAAAGUUGCAGAACAGAGAAGACAAAGGUUAAAAGAGUUAGAGCAGCAAAUGGGGGUCCUUAAAAAGAAGAUUACAGAACAAAGUAAGGUUGUGAAAAUGAAAGAGACCACUGACAAGCAGGUGUCUAGGCUGAAUGUUGAAAUACAGGCUUUAAAACAUCAGCGUGUAAAGCUAGUGAAACAAAUGAAAGAAGAAACUUCCAAUUUCCAGAAAUGGAAGAAAGAGAAAGAUAAGGAGGUGAUGCAGCUGCAACAGAAGGAUCGUAAACGUGAGUUUGAAGUCCAGAGAAUGAAAAAAGACUUUGAGAAACAACAGUCUGUCCAAAAGAGAAAAACAGCUGAGGCUAUUGCUGCUAAUAAGAGACUGCGUGAAGCUCUGGCAAAACAAAAAGAAGUUGAGUCAGAGAGGACUGGUAAACUAGAAAAAUAUGACUCGACAAGUAUUGGUAACAGAGUAAGGAAAUGGCUGAGUCAUGAACUAGAGGUGAAAGUUAGUAUUCGUGAAGCACAGUAUCAUCUCAAUCAGCUAAUGCAAGACAGGAAAAACUUGACUGAGACACUCCAGCAUCUGCAAGACCAGCUUGAAGAUGGUCCAAUUUCCAAGAAAUUCUCUUGGCUUGGGGAGAAUGGAGAUAAAGAAGAAAUUAGCUUUGAAGAAAGGGAAAUCAAAAAGCAAAUGACAUCCAUUGAGCUUGAUAUUGAAUUAAUAAAUGCACACAUCCAAGAGCUUCAACAGAAAAUUGUAGAUGCUGACCAAGAAUCUAAAGGAAAGUCAACCUGGCAAAGUCUUCACACUAUGAAUGAAGCUAAAUGUGCACUGAAAUUUCUUCUAGAACAAGCAAUAAAUGCCAAGGCAGACAGUGUAAAGGCUAGUGGUGAGUUGAGAAAUGUACAAGACAAAGAAAAGGAAGAAGAAGAGGCUGUAAAAGAACUCAAAAGUGAAAUGAGCAGACUAAAAAGUAAAUAUGAACGUGAAAUAGAUUUGCUACGAAAAGAAUAUGAGGAAAAGACUCUUUUCCUAUUAAAUGCUGAUCAAGGCACACGUCCAGGCCCUGGUAAAGCAGCAGAUGCAAAGACCAAAGAAAAGAUUCGAAUUUUGGAAGCAAAACUUGAAAGGUUCAAUGCAAUUGAAGAGCAGUUGAAGGAAAAGGAUAAAGAAUGUGAAACAAUGAAGCAGAAAAUGACAAGCAUGAUGUACCAAAACAAGACAUUCAGACUUAUGCCAGACUUAGACUCCCACUCAUCACCUUUCUUAAAUCCUAAGCCAAAGUUGGAAUCCACAAGUUCUACACUGAACAGUACAUUUGUUGUAGACGAGGUGCAGGAAACUCUGCCGCCACCUCCUGCUGUGGUGCCAAAACGUCCCACUAGAUCUGGUAGCAAGAAAGAGGAAAGUGACAGUAACAGUUCUCAAGAAAAUGCAGUGUUUAAUGAUGAAGAGGAAAUGCAACCUAAAGCAACCAGGGGCAAACUAAGACUUAAAAAUUCCAAGAAAGCCCCAGUCAAAGCUGUUGCGAAAGACAGUGAUGAGGAUGUGGUCAAGGUGUCACCUAGCUUUUUAAAGCGGCGCUCCGGAGAAGACUCUGAAGACGCUGAUAUCAACACAAGUCAGGGUAGAAAACGGAGAAAGAGAACAUUAUUAAGUAACACAAAUGCAGUAAUUUAAUAUUUAUAAAUAAAUCUUAUGUUAAUGGAUAUACUUAUGUUUUAAAUAAUGAAUGAGGAAAGUGACCUUGAAAACAUAACUUUUGUUUUAAAUGUCUUUUUAAAUGUUUGUUUUUCUGCAUUGAUUUAUGUUUUCUAUGUUGUUUGAAUAUGCCUCUACAAUUAAUUAUUAUAAAGAAAUAGGAAUGCUUAAAUUAAAAAGUAUUCAUUAUUCAUUAGGUGUUCAACAAAUGUUUUAGAAUUGUACAUAAAUUGGUAAUCAGAUUAUUGUAACUUCUGUCAGUCUAACAAUUCAAGUUGAGCAGGAAUUGCAUUUAAUUCACUUAAAUUUUAGAGUUCAGAAUUAAUAAUAAAAAAGCAAAUAUUGUCAUGUAACAAAUGUAUUACUUAAACUCAUUUGAUCAUUGUAAAAAUAUAGAAUGAUUUUGGAUAAAAAUACAAUUGUGCAUUUUGAGUAAAUGUUUAUGGUAUAUGAAUUUUUGAAUUGUAAAAAUGUCUUAAUGAAUUUUGUUGACUAAAAUUGCACUUUUCAUAUAUUUGUAACAGAAUGUUUAUUAAAUUUUAUAACUUGGAAAACAUUAUAAGUCAGGUUGUUAAUUGCUAAUAUUUUGUAAUCACAACCUUGCAAAUAACAGAACACAAGUAAAAAAAAUUGUUUUCCCAUCAAGAUUUUAAUAAAUUUAAUGGUAAAACCCCAACAUUGACUUUAGCCUAAUUUAGGUUGUUUUAUUACUCUAUUUUUUUAAAAUAAAUCCUUGUAAAGUGUAUCAUUUAUCUUAGUCAUUCAAUAAAUUUCCAUGAUAAGCAAUUUUUCCCCAUCAUCUUUAAAUGGUGCAUUGGCAACGAAAACUGGUAAAGCGAAAAAUCUAGGUCCAGGUAUAUUUUGAACUUACAGUAAUUGCAUUCCUUUUACAUGCUCAAAUAUAUUCCAGUUUUGAUAAAAUUUUAUGUAUUCUAUUUGCCUCAUUUUAGGUAGGCUACUUUUAUUAAAUUGUUUUUUUUUAAAAUUAUUUUCUUUGAGUAACAGAUGCAGCAUUUGAAGUAGUAUUCUGAAAUGUGAGGGAAGCAAAGAGUUGCUAACACUUUUUGCUUCUAAUACAUAUUUUUAGGUUUGAGAUAGCUAUAUUCUAAGCUUUUAGAUGGUGGAGGGUUAUUAGUGUAGUUAAUCCUCCAAAAGUUAACAUUUUCAGAAUUAUAAAUUGUAAUGCAAAAUUGUACAUAUUUUAUUGUAAAUAAAUUCUGAACAUAAUUUGAGUUCCGUCA